AUGCUUUCCAAAUCAUCGCUUGUCGCCCUUGCCAUUGUGGCGUUGGCCGUCCAUUCCUCACAGGCCGCUGUCGCGCAGCCCCUUCAGCAACAUGAUUCCUGCAGGAAAACCACGGUCGCCGUCUUGGGUGGAGGCAUGGCUGGUAUAGCUGCCGCUCAAGCAUUGUCAAAUGCCUCCAUAUCGGAUUUCCUCAUCCUCGAGUAUCAGGACAGAAUCGGCGGGCGUGCCCAUCACACAACCUUUGGCGCAAAGGAAGACGGUUCGCCGUACACGGUGGAAUUAGGUGCCAACUGGAUCUCGGGGCUGGCCAGGCCAGGGGGGCCAGAAAACCCUGUAUGGACCUUGGCAAAGAAGUACCGUCUGGAAAACACCUAUUCAAAUUACAAAUCCAUCCUUACUUAUAACGAGACGGGCUACACAGAUUACAGCCAUCUCCUCGGAACUUUCGAAGAGGCCCACGGCCGCAUGAACGUAGAGGCUGCCAAGCUCCUCGUCGAAAAUCUGCAAGAUCAGAGCGUUCGCAGUGGGCUGGGCUUGGCUGGAUGGAGUCCCAAGCACGGAGAUAUGGCUGCACAAGCGAUCGAGUACUGGAGCUGGGAUUUUGAAGCUGCCUACCCUCCCGAAGAAUCAUCCAUGAUCUUUGGGGCGGCGAGUGAUAGCCUAACCCUAGCCAAGUUCAGUGACGAAAAUAACUUCGUCAUUGAUCCGCGUGGCUUCAGUUCCAUAAUCACGGGCGAGGCAUCGUCAUUCUUGCAGCCCGACGACCAACGACUGUUGCUGAGGAACAAGGUUGCGAACAUCUCCCACUCCGACAGCGGCGUGACCGUAUACGCCGACGAUGGGAGCUGUGUAUCUGCCGCCUACGCCAUUUGCACCUUUUCGCUGGGCGUUCUGCAGAGCGAUGUAGUCCAGUUUAGCCCUGAGCUGCCCAAGUGGAAGGAGACGGCAAUUCGAAAGUUUUCCAUGGGCACCUAUAGCAAAAUAUUUUUCCAAUUCAACGAGACGUUUUGGCCUCAAGACACGCAAUACCUUCUCUACGCAUCCCCAACCACUCGCGGAUACUAUACUCUCUGGCAGUCGCUGUCCACCGAAGGAUUCUUGCCGGGGUCCAACAUCAUCUUCGUCACUGUCACGCAUGACGAGUCCUAUCGAAUCGAGCAACAAUCAGACGAAGAGACCAAGCAGGAGGCCCUGGAAGUGCUGCGCGACAUGUUUCCAGACAAGACGAUACCGGAACCGACCGCUUUCAUGUAUCCACGAUGGACAAAGACGCCGUGGGCGUUUGGCAGCUAUUCGAACUGGCCCAUCGGGACAACCCUGGAAAUGCACCAGAACCUGCGGGCCAACGUAGGCCGACUCUGGUUUGCCGGCGAGGCAGCUAGUGCCCAGUAUUUUGGAUUCCUCCACGGUGCCUGGUUCGAGGGCCGCGAAGCUGGGGCACAAGUUGCCGGGCUUGUCCAAGAUCGCUGCGUCAAGCUUGACGACGGGCCAGAACAAUGCGGGCCGCGGACACACUACGAGGAGCUGCACGGGACUUCACCAUUAGAGCAUUACACCUGGCGCAACGGUUGGGCGAACAGGGGCGUCCUCGUCAGCAAAUCCGAGGGGUGA